AUGUCUCAUAUCAACAGCAACCCUCUCCUUUUUUCCCACCCCAAGAACCUCAUAGCCAUGACCCUCACAUUCGGAUCCUCAACCCCUCAAAAGAAGCCAAGCUUCAUGUCCCGAAUCUUCUCCACCUCCUCGACUUCCCACUCCAAGCCAAAGCGUACCUUCCUCUCCGGUUCUUCCUCCAGCUCGUCUUCCUCAAGCUCUUCCAACUCCCCGCGGAAGAACAAGAAGACCCCCUUCAUGAGCCGCUUCAGUCGCACACCAGAACCUACAACCAUGGACAAAGUCCAGGCGAAACUGAACCCAUCCUCGGACGCGACGCCGGUGGCAAUUGCAGCAAAGAAGAAGAGGGCCAAGGAGAUCAAGGCCAAGAAGGAGGCCAAGGCCGAGGCGGAGCGGAACCGGAAGAGACAGAAGAAGGCUGGUUCCGGUUCUUUCUUCUCGCGCCCUUGA